AUGGAAACUUUUUUAUUUAGCACUCCAAAAAAGAAGGUAAAACAAGAAAACAAGCAAGAUAUACCUGCACCUAAGCUUCCAGAAGAUGUUAUCAUUAGUGAUGAUUGUAAUAUUCAAACUGGAAUUCAGAAUUAUUCUCUUGAUUCCAUUUUCUUUAAUUUAAAUUCAUUUCUACAAACUCAGAAUAGUAACCAGAUACAAAAAAUCCUCAAGUAUAUCAUGGAUUCCAUUAAUGAAGACAAUUUUAUUGAUUUUUUCAACUCGCAAUUAUUCGAAAAUAUAAAUAAAACAUACUUUCAACUUAACGAAGACACCACUAUUAAAGAUUUUAUACAAAGAAAUCUUAAAUUGCUCGCUAGAUGUACUGAAUAUCCAACUUAUAGCUUAUUUGAAAGAACAAUUUCUGCAUCUACAUUUCAAGAGUCCAAAAAGAUACUACAGUUCAUAAAUUACGCAAAGAAUAUUGCAAACUGGCUUCAUAAGUCAGAAAAAAAUGGUUAUGAAUUAUAUAUUUUAAUGAAGCUUAAUUUUGUCGGAUGCGUAGAUUUAAAUACCAUUCCAUUAGUUAUACUUAGCGAAAUAGCUCGUUGUUUUGUUUCAAUUGCCUUAGUUUUGUCUUCAUUAGACAUUCCUUAUUCAUCACGCUCUCUUGCUUACAUAUCCAGCCAUCUACUACGUAUCCUUAAAUACUGUCCAAAUGCAUUUAAUAAUCCGUCAAUAAUUCAUUGUUUAUCCCUUCUUGAAGAAAAUAAAUAUCCAACUCCUUCAAUUAUGAAGCUCAGACAACUAAAUUCACCUCAAGCGAUAUUACCUACACUACUUCUUAUCAAAGCAUCCCUCAAUGUCAUGAAUAUCAAAGGGAUUGAAACAGUUUUAGAUGCAAAUUCAUUUUUACAAUCAUCAGGAUAUGGAAUCAUAUCAGAAAAAUUGAAUAACCAGAAGAACCGUUCUCAAAUCUUAGAAUACGUUAAGAAAACAGCAGAUAUUGAUGAAAUUAAUGAAAAUAUCUCAUUUGAAGCAAUUCCAGAGGACAUAAAUGAGCUUGCUAUAUUCCUAUGCCAAAGAAAAAGGAACCAUGCUUUAUUCCAAAACGCAGUUUCGUUGAAUCUCGGAAAAAUUUUGAAUAUAGUUUUUACAUCUGUCAAAAGCUUAACUCUUCCAACGGCCGAUUUGAAGACACUGGUAUCUAGUGCCAAUAUUAUGAGAGCUUUGUCUUCAUUAGAGAUCCCUUCUUUUCUUGGAGAUUCAAAUUCGAUUUCCAUUCACUUUGUUCACAUAAUAAUCAUGAUAUUCAACGCAGCUCUGUCUUCUCCCCUCUAUCCCCACAAGGAGAGUGCAUUUCUUCUCCAACCAUGCGUUGAAUUAUAUCAAACUAUCCUAAACUUGGGCGGCUGCCUUUCCAAGGAGAUGUUUAUUGUAUUUGAUUACAUAUUCUCCGUUUCUACUUCUCCAGGAGCUGUUCAAGCCCUUGAUUUCAUAAUUUGUAAUGCCAAAAACGACCAAAAAGACACAAAAUUCAUCAUUACUAGGGCCAUUUUGAUAGCAAAGACCAUUCUCAACCUUCUUGUCAUUCCAAGUCACAUUGGAAGUGCAAUUGCCGCUACAUGUUACUCAGAUUUCAUCAAAUACUUAGUAAUUAACAACGCUCCUAUGAAAACAAUAUAUGAUAUCAUGUUUACACCUCAAGAUAUCUAUUGCCAGAUGAGUGACAUGUGUUCUUCCGAGAAAUCAUCAAAAGUCAGAGAAUCUUUUUGCCAUACUAUGUUUUUCCUCGAAAAACUGCUUGAAAACCCUUAUUAUAAGUCAUAUCUAGUCAUGAGAGGAACAGGAAGAUUCUGGAAUUCAAUAAUGUUUUGGUUGAAUAGUCCGAUGACGAUAACUUCUAAAAUUAAGAUUUCCAUCAUAAAAAUCUUAACAAAAAUGACUGAUUAUGAUAAUACUGUUGCAUACGAAUACAAUGGUGCACAAAGACUCGUUACAGAUGUUUUGCAUUUCAAUUUCCUCGGUGGAAUAUUGAAUUCUAUUUUGAAAAUAGAUUUCCUUAAUUAUAAUGAUGUUGAAAAAGUGACAAUAAUUGAAAGCAUUAUUCAAUUUUUACUUUCUCUUUGUGAUCCUCUUCGUGUUUGUCAGUUCACUGCAUCAAUAAUAGAUGAAGAGUUCAUGAACAAGAUAUUUGAUGUGAUUUCGAAGAGUCCUGAAGAAAUCAAAUCUAAAUUAACAGAAAUUUACGAGAUUGUUAUUGACACAUUUAAGAAAUCAUCUUCAGUUGAAAAGGUUGUUCCGUCAAUUCAAGAUGUUCAACUUAUUUUCAACACGCCAGAUUCUGCUUUAGUUAUUUCCAAGAUUUAUCAAAAACUUAUCAAAAAUACUAAUUAA